CUUCCUGGGUGGGGUCCAGGAAGCGGGGCUGAGUCGCUCGGAUCCAGUCGUUACGGGAGCAGAAAUAAGUGAGGAAUCGGGCUGGGGCAGCUUCUGGCGCCGGGAGCCUCUGCAAACUUCUUCUGGCUGCGCACCGAGCAUCUGAGGGGGCAAAACCCACGGGAACCGAAUCUCCCUCCGCGAAAUGGCUGACGAAAAGCAAGUGGAACUGUUCGUGAAGGCUGGCAGUGAUGGACAAAGCAUCGGCAACUGCCCGUUCUCUCAGCGACUCUUCAUGGUCCUCUGGCUCAAGGGGGUCACCUUCAACGUCACCACGCUGGACAUGAAGAGGAAAUUUGAGAACCAGUAUCUGAAGGAUUUGGCUCCAGGGGCUCAGCCACCAUUCCUGCUGUACGACAACGAGGUGAAGACGGACACCAACAAAAUCGAGGAAUUUCUGGAGGAAAACCUCUGCCCUCCCAAGUACCCACGCCUUGCAGCAAGGAAUCCAGAAUCCAACACCGCUGGGAGCAACGUCUUCUCAAAGUUCUCUGCCUACAUCAAGAACGCCAAUCCCAGCUUGAAUGACUCGUUGGAGAAGGGGCUAUUAAAAUCCUUGGCACAACUGGACGAGUACCUUAAUGCCCCACUGCCCGAGGAGAUUGAUGAGAACAGUGCAGAGGACAUCGGCACGUCCACCAGGAAAUUUCUGGAUGGCAAUGAACUGACCCUUGCCGACUGUAAUCUUCUACCUAAGCUCCACAUUGUGCAGGUGGUGUGCCGGAAGUACAGAGGCUUCGAGUUCCCCCAGCAGUUCACGGGCAUCUGGAGGUACCUGCAGAACGCCAACAGCUGCGAAGAGUUUGCCAGCACCUGCCCGAAGGACGAAGAGAUCGAGCUUGCCUACGCCAUGGUUGCCAAAUCUCUCAAGUGAAGAGCCUCAUCUUCAGAGUAUUUUGAGCUGAGCAAUUAGAUUCUCCUCGUGGUGCGAUACAAUAGUUGACUUGUUUCGCUUUUUGUUCAAAAAAAAGUAUUAUUUCUCCAACGUUGAGUCACCUAGUUGUCUUUUUAUUUGCUUUCCUCAAAAAUAAAUAUUUAUGUUUCGUCAAA